UGGAGGUUCGUCUAACCAUGCAACUGUACACCAUAGUAUAUGAUUCACUCUACCAUGCAAGAACUACUAUUUAUUCCCCCGCUAAUCUCCAACACCAACGCAUCAUCAUCAAUACUAUUCCACUGGCGAAACCCUAGCCAAACUAGACAGCUCCUGAAACAUGUCCACACAACUACUUCUACCCUUCCUUUCCCUAUUCAUCUUCCUAUGCUACUGGCUUCUCAGAAACAAGCACUCACCGCUCUACGAAUGGCCAUUGCUGGGGAUGCUCCCCAGCCUCCUCUUCAACUUGUACACACUCCACGACUUCAUCACCGGAGCUUUGAGGCGAAACGGGGGAACGUUCCUUUUCAAGGGGCCUAGCUUCAUCAAAGCCGACUACAUGGUCACGAGCGAUCCCACCAACAUCAACCACAUCUUCAACAAGAACGCCGCCAACUACGACAAGGGCCGGGACUUCAAGGCCAUAAUGGAGGCUCUGGGCGACGGGAUCUUUAAUGUCGACGGCGAAUCAUGGAAGUUCCAGAGGAAGCUCCUCCAUUCCUUGUUGAACAACUCCGAGUUCGAGGGUCACUCCAUGCACAUCCUCACACAGAAGGCGAGGAGCACCCUUAUGCCGGUCCUCGACAGAGCAGCAGCGAGGACGACGGACAGGGACGAGUUGGUGGACCUACAGGACGUGUUUAAGAGGUUCAUGUUCGACAACAUGUGCCUAUUGGUCUUGGGAUUCGACCCUCAUUACCUCCCGGCUGCGGGGUCCGAAGGCGGCUGCCUCCUUGAUAGUGCAUGUGGCAAGGCAUUCGAUGAGCUGGAGGAGGUGGCGAUCUACCGACACAUAGUUCCGGUAUGCGUGAGGAGGCUUCAACACCGGCUUAAGAUUGGAAUUGAGUUGAAGUGCAUUCGAGCUUGGAGAACCCUAGAUGAGUUACUAUAUGGUAGCAUUGAGAGGAAGAAGCAAGAAUUAGCGACCAAACACUUUGUCGACAAUGAUGUGCAUAAGAGAAACAAGGUGGAUUUGUUGACACAAAUCUUGGUCAUGAAAGAUGAGGACAACGGUGGUAACGAAAAAAUCAUUGAUAAAACAUCCGACAAGUUUUUGAGGGACACUACAUUAACAUUGGUCGCAGCUGGAAGAGACGCCAUCGCUGCCUGCCUUACUUGGUUUAUAUGGUGUGUGGCGAACCACCCUAUUGUUGAGGAAAGGAUUCUCGAAGAGUUGAGACAAGUGUUGGCAACGCGACGGUCAAGUGAUAUUAAUGGAGAAGAAAUAGGAGGAUUUUUCAGAAACGACGAGUUGAACAAACUUGUUUAUCUCCAUGCAACCGUCUGUGAGACACUGAGGUUGUACCCACCGGUGCCAUUCGAGCACAAGUGUGCCGUGGAGGCAGAUGUCCUUCCAAGCGGGCACACUGUACGUAAAGAAGAAAGGAUAAUACUCUCAAUAUAUGCCAUGGCCAGGAUGGAGGAGAUAUGGGGAGAAGAUUGCUUGAAAUUCAAACCAGAUAGGUGGAUUUCUGAGAAGGGGACGAUACUACAUGUCCCUUCGUACAAGUUCAUGACCUUCUUGGCUGGGGCAAGGACCUGUUUGGGGAAGAAUAUGUCAUUCACGCAAGUCAAGUCCCUGGCCAGCGCUCUUCUUUGGAACUACAAUUUUGAACUUAUAGACGAUGGUCCCUCCGAUAGGCCGGUGCUUGGCAUGGUGUUGUUCAAGAAAGAUGGGUUGAAGACGAGAGUCUCCAAGAGAAACCAUUGAGAAUAAUAUUGUUAAUUAAUGCACGAUUGUUGUUGUGGUCUGAUGGUAGUGCUUGAUCAAUUUGUCACUAUGUUUAGGGUUUGCAUUAAUGUGUCGUAUGAGGUCAACUUCUUUUAUUAUUUAUGUUGUCUAUGUGAUUUCUUAUCCAACUGCAUGCUAGGUUCCCUAUGACUAUGCUAUUCUUGUGAGUAGAGCUGGCAAAUGGAUUGAAUCCAUGGAUUGGUGGAUUAGAUUAGUGUAUCCAUGGACAAGUCGAUUUCGUUAAAUGGUUUCAUGGAUUUGAUCAAGUGGAUUGGUCAAUGAAUCCAAAUGACAUCCCAGAUUUUGACCAAUAUGUAAAAUUUGAAAUGUUUAGGUACUAAAUGUCAUGAUGAAAAAUUUUAGGCACCAAA